AUACGUGGGAAAAGUAAUAUUUCAAGUAAUUCUGUUAAUAAGUUUGUUUGUAUACGGUGAUUGAAAUGACGGUUUGUCGAUAUUAUUUACAAGGAAGGUGUAAAUUUGGCAGUAAUUGUCGUUUUGAACAUUCAGAUGGCGGAGGAAGUGCCAAUCGUCAACUACAGUUUGAUUCAGGACGAGAUAAUAAUCCCUAUAAAUGGUCAGCAUCACAGAACAAUAAACCAGCUACAAACGCACAACAAUGUACACCAGAGGAAAUAGUGAAUGGAUUAAGUGUCAUGAUUCAGACAUGGGAACAAGGAAAGAUGUGGCCAUUUUCCUGUGUAGCUCUAGAGAAGGACAUGCCCUGUAUACCUGAAUUUUCUGAUCUUUCUACGGAUGAGUUACGAUGGGAAGCUUAUGAAAUGAUGAAAACUUCGGGUAAUUUGAAUACAUAUACUGAGAAUAUUAAACGAUUAUCGAACGAAUAUAGUAACAAACGUCAGAUGUUGAAAAAUCCAUCAGCUAGUGUCCGACAACAGUUGAUUGAUUUUAUUAUUUCCUCCCGACAGAAUAGUUCUACAUCAGACUCCAAGUCGUCCAUAUUUAAACCAUCAGCAUUCGGAACAUCAAGUACCCCCUCUACCAACAAUGGCAUUUCUGGAGGUCAGAGUUCAAAUAAUAUUUUUGGAGGUCAGAGUUCGUUUGGAAGUUCUGUUCAACCCAAGAAAACAGAUAAUUUGUUUGGCGGGCAAAGUAGUUUUGGAGCACAAAAUCAAACCUCUGGAAGCAUGUUCGGAAACAAUAAUCAAGCGAGUGCCAGUACAUUUGGGGGUCAAAGUUCAAGUAGUAUAUUUGGAAAUGCUGCUCAAGGCAGUACUUUUGGUGCACAAGCCACAGGUGGCGUGUUCGGCAACACGGCACAAGCAAGUUCUUUUGGACAGGCUUCAACCGGACAGCCAGCAAGUUCAAUAUUUGGACAAAGUGCAACAUUCGGACAGACGGCAGCACCAACACCAAGUUCUGCAGGAUCCAUAUUUGGACAAAGUGCAACAUUUGGACAGACAGCAGCACCAACACCAGCCACCGGGACAGUGUUUGGUCAAGGUCAAAGUCAACCAAGCUCAAAUCCCUUUACCACAAAUCCUGGAACCCAAUCCGGUUCUCUGUUUGGCUCAACAGGGUUUGGAACCACAGGAACAAGUUCAACAGGAAGUUCUGUAUUUGGAAAUAGUGCUGCCCCUAGUGCUGGUUUAUUUGGUAAAGGACAGACAACUCCUGCUCCACUUUCCAACACCAAGAAUACCGUGUAUACACCCAUGGACAAACUAACAGCAGAUGAAAAGGCGCAAUUUGAGGCAGAUCAUUUCACUUUAGGUCGGGUUCCGAUUAAACCACCUCCAAGGGAACUUGUGAAAUAAAUCGUCGCCUAGAAUUUGUGUCAAGUCUUAGCUUGGAAUUCUUGUGAAAAAAAUGGCCGCCUAAACACGUGUCAAGUGGGAAGUCUGAGUCUAGAAAAUUGUUUCAAGUUACCAUUCGUGGUACUUAAAGACAGUGAUAAGUCAUUAUGAUUCCUCGAUCCAAUAUAUGGGACAAAGACACUGAUAAGUCAUUAUGAUUCAUCUAUCCAAUAUAUGGGAUUAAGACACUGAUAAGUCAUUAUGAUUCAUCUAUUAUAGGAUUAAGACACUGAUAAGUCAUUAAGAUUCAUCUAUCAAAUGUAUGGGAUUAAGAUACUGAUAAAUCAUUAUAAUUGAUCUAUCAAAUAUAUGGGACUAUCAAAUGUAUGUUUUCCGGCAAGUUACCAAGGUUACAGAAAGGCCUGGUAACCAUCUUCCACAAUUCCAUUUUGAGUUUGUCAUACGUUAAUUUGCAUGAAGUCAGCUCAGAACUAUCAGACCACAAGGAACAGUGCUCAAUUCAACAUAAGGGGCUGGCCUAGGUUCCACACUGGCUCAUCACUGACCAGGAGAUUCAGGGUCCGAUCGCAGUGUGGGCCGAUAAUGUGGGAGAAAACCUAUGAGAUUGGGCAAUCUACAUACAGUAUUGUCACUUAUGCUACUGAUAUAGAAACCACACCACUUGAAGGCCUUAUCAUCUUAAGUGCAUGUGUUAGACAAUUCGACCACUAAAUCUCCCACAAUAUAAACCUGAUUAUCUGAAGAAUUUUGGGGCCUAUGCCCAAGCCUGUUACUGCUCAGUCUCAUGCCCACAUUUGCCCAUCAAGCGAAGCGGUAUUCAUGUUAGCUGUCUAGAGUCUAUCCCCAGAGAAAAUCCAAUAAAAUAUGAAAUAUUUUAAUAAAAUAUAUUGUGUCAUGGAUUUCAACAAUUGUAUAUAAUUAACGAUUACUGGUAUAAAAAAUUUUCUUGAAUCAAAUAAAUAAAAUAUUUUGUAAUAUUUA